AUGAGAGAAAGUGGAGCGUGGCAAGAAGUCCGGCGUCGGAGGAGAAAAGAAGACAAUGAAGACAUAAACAAAUCAGCAAUAUCCUAUUUCUUCCAGAAUUUUCCGCAUCAAUUGGAAGAAAGAGAUUUAUGGAAGAUCUUUCUAGCAUAUGGUCUGGUGGUAGACGUAUACAUUGCAAAGAAGAAGAACAUCAAGAACAAGAGGUUUGGAUUCGUAAGAUUCAUCAAAGUAAACGACCCUGCAAGUUUUGAAUGGAAACUCACCGAUAUUUGGAUUGGGCAACACAAGCUUCGCAUAAACCUGGCAAGAUUCCAGCGUAGAAAUCCGCCACCCCGACACCAACCCCACGACUACCCAGAACGAUCCUACCCUAUCAAGGUUGACGGACAAGAAAAAUACAACCACCAUCAUCCAGGAAUGUACCACCAUAUAACAAAACAACCUAGAAGAAUCAAUCAUUCCAAUCAAAAUCCUCCUCACAAAACCUAUGCUGAAGCAGUACAAGGAAUCCCUCUCAACCCACCCUCGCCACCCACCACAAACCAUCCAGAAGCGCCGCAACACAAAUUACCAAUGGUCAAAAUGUCAUCUACUCCGGAAACCAGGGAAUUUCUGAAGAGAGCACUCGUAGGUGAAACCGAAAACUUUCAAGCUCUAAUGAACGUGAAAGCUUUCAAUGAUGUCGAAGGAUGCCCAAACAUUGUUAUGAGAUACUUGGGGGGUCUUAAGAUGCUUGUCGAAUUUGAAAGCGAGUCAGAGAAGAAUAAAAUGUUGACAGAAGGAGAGCAUAUAUGGAGACCAUGGCUCAAAAGUUUAUACCACUGGAAACCGGAAGAAAACUUCAAUGAGAGAAUUGCUUCCAUCAUGAUCUCUGGGAUGCCUCAACAUGCAUGGUGUGAAGAAGCAUUUUCAGCAAUAGCUAAGAAUUGGGGCAUGGUGGUAAUCUCGGAUGAAUGCCAAACGGACUGCCCGAACAUGGCAUUUGGACGAGUAGGUAUCCUUACAUCUCACCCAGGGCUCAUCAAUAUGAACAUCACCAUAGCAGUUGAUAAUCUCCCGUACCAUAUCACAAUCAUGGAGGACAUAUUCGAAUCUACCAGACUAAGUCCAGUUCUGGCAAGAAACGACUUCGAAUUCCAUCCUAGCACACUAUGGAACGUUAAUGACGAUGAUUUGGGAUCGAUCGGCGACAAUGUAGACGAGUUCGGAGACUAUGAAGUCGACACAGAUGAAGAUAUCGACGACAUACCCAUUCCGGCGGCUUCGCCGGAACUCCAUGCUUACCUGGCAGAAGGGGAAUCGACGCCUCAAUCGCCACAAACGGUAGUGGAAGAGUCUCUUCCACACAUUAUCCAUCCUCGUAAAUCACAGGGACAGCCGAUACCGAGGCCAGCCACUCAUAACCAAUCAAUCGACGAAUCACCAUCCCCUAGGGUAUCAAACAAUAUAAUGCACUGGAAAAUAAGAAGUGGGCCCCAACCUAAUUCUAACCAUAAUCACAAUUCUCGCCCUUCAUCCCCAAAUCAGCCACAAGGCAAAAACCACCCUAGGCAAGCCCAAACAUAUAACUCUGUAGCCCAAUACAACAUAUCUGACCAGCUUGCUGGAGCCCAAGCCCAAAGCCCAGUUGAUCCUACCAAAUCACAACCCAAUCCCCAAUCCCACCUUCACCAGAUUCCCCAACCGACAUUACAAAUCAAUAAUGAUAAAUACAUAGACCUCAACUUGUCUCUAGUAAGAUCAAAAACCACACAAUCACACGGUAUAUCAAAAUCCCCAAACCACCACACAAUGGAAUCAAAUAGAAUGGAAACUUCUCUAAAUACAAAUGAGGAGAUAGCACAGACGAUAGCCAUUGUAGAGAGGAUUGGAUUUCAAAUCAAUGGAUUUCAAGAGGAAAUAAGAAACAUCAUCAAGAAAAGGAGUGUCACCAUUAUUAAUCAAUGA